UGGCCCUGAUCGGGAGAGGCAGAGCUGGUGCAAGCAUCAUGGCUGAGGGACUCUGGCGAGGGCCUAGCGCUGAUCAGGAUGUCCGAUUUUCUGACAAAGACUCGCAGCUCCUCAGGACACAGCGGUUCGCAAAGAUCUUCGAUAAACCUGUGGAUAUGAAGAAAGUGAAGAAGGAAGUCAUCUACCCAUGGAUAGCUAGGAGAGUGACGGAAUUUCUUGGAGUUGAAGAUGAAGUUCUCAUCAAUUUCAUUUUCAGUCUUCUGCAAGAGGAGUUGUUAAUUUCAAGUGGACUGUUCUGUGGUUAACAAACCGAACCUUACUGUGCUACUACUGCCACCUCUCAUUUCUCCUGAUGCAGAAGGUUGAUCCGAAAAGAAUGCAGAUACAGCUGACGGGGUUUCUAGAGAAUCACACUACGACUUUCAUGAAGGAGCUUUGGAGGAUCCUCCGUAACGCGCAUCGAAAUGAGCACGGAAUCCCCCAGAAGCUCUUGGAUGACUUCGCCGAAGAGAAUGGAUUAAUCCCUACUGAGGUAGAGGAUGCGAGGAAGAAGGCAUUAGAAGCUGCUGCAAGACUCUCGUCAGAUCUUCUUGAGGAUACGCGAAAGGAACGCGACGUGGAAGUGCAGACGAUCGGAGAUGGACAUAUUCAGCGAUGCAACAGGAGCAAGGCUGUUGACAUGCAAGAUAAGGAAGACUGGACAAGGAAUCGCCGCUCACCCAGUCCAAGUGGUCGACGAGAUGUCAAUGGUCAGAAGCGUAAAAGGUUCUCGAAACAUUAUGGACAUCGUCACGCUUACAAGGAUCGGUUUCGGCCCUGUUUCAAUUCUAACCGUUCUGGUUCCGCUUCUGACUUUCGCCAACAAACUCAGUGGCAACGCAACUUCCGACGCCAUGACUGCAACUCACCACGAUUGUCGUGGCAACAUUCAUCUAGAAAAGAGGAUACUGGAAGGUCCUUUCGAAGAAACAACUCGAACCAGCACAAUUCUAUUGGCAGAGGAGACGAAAUGGCAUUCCCCCCCGGAUUCAACUUUCCGCGGAGAGAGACAGGGUGUUUGGCAGAAGUGGAUGUCAUCAAUGAGCGCAAAAUGACUUUCCCACCGGGAUUUGAGAAGAAGAUCAACGCAGAUUUCCAUGUCAUACAAGACAAGAAGCCGCCCCAGUCACCACCCUCCAGGUUUGAGUGUCGUCGAGCACGGCGUUCUCCAAUCCAAGCAAGAAGUUUCAAAAGGCAACUCAGUUGGAGGACCAAACCUGACGCGCAUGGGGGCAUGGACGAGCACGACGAUGAAGCUACGGACGCACAGCUGUUUCAGACUAUGGGGGACGCCUCGAAGCCUACUGUCAGCACUGCACAGGCUGCUGAAUAUAAUCAACAUGCUGCUGAUGACGUGGCACACGCUUCUGGUGACCUUCCACCAACUGAUGCUGGUAACACUGCACGAGCUGCUGUUGACACUGUACCAACUGCUGGUGAUACCAUGUACGCUGCCUACAACACUGCACUCAUCUCUCCUUCACUCUUGACUGCUACAGCUUCAGGAGCAGACAAUGCUUCGCAUGGAGAGGACAAGGUCCAGGAAAGACCGGACCAGCAAGACUCAAGUCACCAAGUUGAAGACAUGGACAUCUCGUCUGAGGACGAGUCUUCUGGGAAGAAAGCCGUGAUGGAUUCAGCAGGCUCCGCUGGAGAGUGGGACGGCCUGGAGACAAGGGAGGAGAGGAAGGCACGGAGGAAGGAAAGGCGGCGCCUGAAGGAAGAGAAGAGAGCACGGAAGGAGGAGAGGCGGCAGAGACGGGUGGAGAAGCGGCUCCGUAAAGAAGAGAGGCACGCUGCAAGGGAGGCACGAAAGAAGAUGAAAACUGAAGGAGAUAUUGCAGAUGGCUGGGUGCCUCUCACAAUGAUGGAAGCCGAUGCAUUGAAGCAAGACGCUGAGAUCCACAUCUGCUCACAGGACUUUGAAGAGAGAGAUAGGAGGUGGCUUGACACCUUGCUUCUUGAUGACCCUGCUGCAGACACUACUCAGCCAGAAGAUCCAGAGUGGGAAUCCAUGCCAAAGCUAGCAGCAGCAGGCAGUGGCCGCAAGGCAUCACAGGAGCAUCACAAGACCAUUACUGCAGAUGAGCAGCGCAAGGCAGAUCUCGAGAGGGAUCUCAGGAUGAAGGCCAUGCAGUCUCUGCAAACGAGGCGCCUGACACAGACUGAAAAUUUACUGCCUUGACUAGGCGAGAACAAUGCAGAGCUCAAGAAGAAUGGUAGGCUAGGCUUCUCUCUUGCAUGUAUGGAUGCUUUUCA